AUGCAAUUAACACGUGUGCGAACACAACAGUUACACGAAUACAAAGUUCUUGUGGACUUUAUUAAAAUAACCAACAUGGGAUCAGUAAACAAAUGGCGGACACUAUUAGCCAUGCAAUCAAUGGACAGUCGCCUACCGGUGCUGAACGGGUUCAGAGCCGAGUCAACUAAACAGCCGAUAGUAAUCGACGACACGGGGCUCACAGUCAUACCCGAUAAGACAGUUAUAACACUACGAUUAUUUGGCAACCAUUUAAUGGCCAAACCUGCUGGCACCGGGAAGUUAAUGAUAGGGUUUACCGCCCUUAAGGGCCAGACGGGCGACCCAUGCGAUCCAUACAACGAGUUUGCUGUCCAUAAAGUGGUCGAUGAUAGUCAAGCACUGGUCCGUAUCAGCCUAUCCGAGACCAUUAGGGAUGACCCGUACUAUCUGUGUUACGGUACGGCACAGGCGGCCACCGGUGUAGCUAUCGAUGGCCCGCAACAGAGCACCCGUAGUCUCAAACAGUUACUGGGGUUAACACAAGUGCCGGCCGUUAAGUAUACCUAUCUGUCAGACAGCGAUGCCUUGAAGUUGAGAGUAAUUGGCCGGUCGUUGGCGGCCGGGUAUGGAGCCAGUGAUGGUCACCGGGACGCCAAUGUGAAAAUGAAGCUAGCUCAGAUUUUGGAUGAGGUCAACAAAAUACAUAGACUCACUGAUGAGAUGCAAGAUUGGCGCAAAUAA